CUGGAGGGUUGCGCCACCGGAUUCGACUCAGAGGCCUGUUCUGCGACCAUUCUAGUUUCAGCGCUCAACACUGUCGCAGGCUACGUUAUCGGUGGUGGUAUGGACUGAGGUCACAAGAUACGCCAGAACGUCCUACAACAACCCACCGCUGUGGAACAGUGCCAACUAAUUCGGCAGGCGCGUUCGGCUUUCUACUUCGCGCAGUUACGAGUUCUGGAGGUGGAGCACCCUCAGGCGCUCCCUCGAUACCCGCUUCUAGGCCUAGCGUUCAGCCUGCACGAAGGCCUCCUCCUCUGCAGCCUCCAUGGUUUCACGCGACGCAGCGGCCAAAUGCGCCUUUUUGUUAGUGCCUUCACGAUGCGCUGGAAUUGUCGCCUGACGUUCCACCUCGUGAAGGUCAUUGCGCUCUCCUUCCGCUUCGGCCUACCGCUACUCUCGCUCUGCAGAACCCGUUGUGGACACCGUGAUGGGCUCACUGGGAAAUGGUUCCUGUGGAAGCACUCUCUUCCGGGAUAUUUGAACCUCACCCAUUUCGUUCGUGGCAGCGGCAGCAACAACGUUGCUCGCCAGUGGCGGCGCCUCAUCGCGCAAUCCCAAAGCUCGUUUGUGGCUGGCUUUAUCAUCAUCAUCCACCAAAUUUCGUUGACUGUCCACUACAGCUAA